AUGGCCCUGCCACUCCUGCCCGGCUACAGCUUCAGCCGCAACGUGGGAAAGACGAAGUUCCACAAAUCUCAACACUGGGGCUUUUGCAACAAUGUUAGCAUGCUGGUGGGUGAAAGUAAACCUGGAAUAGGCGGAGAACCGCUUCUCGGCCAAAAGAUGAAGCACAAAUACAGUGUAUUUACUAAAGAAGUGGGAAGUGACGCACCGGCCUGGGUAGCUUUUGACAAACAGGUAUUAUCUUUCGAUGCCUAUGUAGAAGAUAAAGUGCGUGAUACAAGUCAAGAAAACUAUGGCAUCAGAUACUAUAAAAUCCUCUUCUAUCUCGAAGAUGACACAAUUCAGGUAAACGAACCAGAGGUGAGAAACAGCGGAAUGCCUCAAGGGACUUUCAUCAGGCGUCAUCGGAUUUCUCUCCCACCUCCGGAGGAUGCUCAGUUUUAUACGGUCCAUCAUUUCAAUGUCAACAUAGACAUUGUCUUUUAUGGCCGAACAUUCAAGAUUUACGACUGUGAUGCAUUCACAAAAAACUUUUUGAAGAAAAUAGGAGUCAAAUUAAACCCCCCAGGACAGUGUCCGGAAGAUCCUUCCAUGAAGAUAUGGAGAAAGAAGCUAGACUGCGUAAAGCGCUUACAGCCCCAGGAAUCCUCCGACACCCUGAAACAGUUCCUCCAGUAUGACAGGAAGGUAUUGCGUUUCUUCUGCCUGUGGGAUGAUUCCGCCUCAUUAUUUGGGGACCGUAGAGAACUCGUCUUGCACUACUUUCUGUCUGAUGAUACUAUUGAAAUCAUAGAAUUGCUAGCACACAACUCAGGCCGGGAUGCUCUGCCAUUUUUCCUCCAGAGGAGAAAGCUGCCCAAGUAUGGCCCCCCUGGACUCUAUCAACCAGGCGAGGUAACAAAUCAGGUUGUUCUCAAUGUGUAUGGUGGCUUGGCAGUGAAACAAGUGAAUGGCUACGUGUUGGAUAAAUACAAGCUGGGAAAAUCAGAGCAAGAGUUUUACAAAGAUAGUGACCUGUCCUUAGGAACCACCAUCAAUGUGUGGGGAAGGAAAGUGGUCCUUUGUGACUGUGAUGAAUUCACGAAGACUUAUUAUAAGAAUAAAUAUGGAAUUGAGAACUUUACGCCGAUUUCAUUCAAGGCUCCACUUCUUCCAAAAAUAGAAAGGAAAUUUCCACCUUAUACGGGCUUUGGUUCUGAAGAGGAUUCUCUGUGCUCUUGUAUAGGCCUCGUGCCCAAACCUUGUCUUCAUCUGAGGAAUGUCGGGAAAUUCAUGGAAAAAGAUAGCUAUGGCAACACAAGCGGUAUACUCCGUUUCUUAGCAAAACUUAUCACAAAACCAUGUGCCAAUGAGGGCAGACUGUUUAUUAUAUCUUAUUUUCUCAGUGAUGACACAAUUUCAGUGUUUGAACCCACAGAGAGGAAUUCCGUUUUUAAUUUCCGGAAGUUCUUGAAAAGAAUGCGUGUUGAGAAGCCUGGACAAGAAGUCUUCAAAAGUGAACUAUCAGAAUAUAUCAAAGCCGAGGAUCUGUAUAUUGGAGCCAAAGUGAAUGUGAAUGGCCACCUGUUUGUUGUGUUCAGUGCUGAUGAGUACACCUUAAAAUUCAUGGAGGAGAAUUCAGACAAGUUUCCUUUGAGCAACCUUGAACUUGUUCUAGAAAAGCUGAAAGAAAAAAUAUCAAAAUCCGGAGACGUCAGGCAGGUGUUUAGGGCUGCUGACUCUGGGCUCACGAAGAAGAUGGAUUGUAAUACAUUCAGAGACAUAGUGAUGACCAUAGCUGCUGGGAACCUCACAGAACAAGAAUUUGUAACCAUUGCACGUCACUACAGGGUGCCUGAUGACCCUUGUCCAGAUGUGAAUGUCCUAAUUGCAAUGGCCCAUGAACAGCUCAAGAAAAAUUCUUUUGAGAACUUUGAAAGACUCAUUUGUAGCUCUGUAUACCAAGAUCGAGAGAGAAAAAAAGUAUUACCCAGCAAAGACAUCAAAAGGCUAUGCAAGUCCUUCAGGUUGCCUUUGAGUAAUGAUCUUUUAGAAUCCUUACUGUCCAAGUUUGAAAACAGUGAUGAACAAAUCAAUUAUGAGUCAUUUUUCUGUGCCCUGAACUGGAGAAUAAAUAUAAUGCCCACACAGAUAGCAAAAUCACCCUUGAAAGAGAGAGAUGAUGUGUUGGUCGGGAUGCCAUCACCUAUUUCUAUGAAAUACAUUGACUAUUUAAAAUUUUUAAAGGACAUAUAUGGCUUAGAAGAGGAGUAA